CGUAAGAACUCUGAUAUUUUUCGACCCCAAAAAGAGCGAAAGAAAAAAAACGGGUUUUUCAAUUUCUUUUCAAGAUUUGGUCUCUGCUUCAAAUCCAAAGAGGAGUGAUUGUUUUUUCGAGUCAUGAAUUUAGGGGCCCUAGCCUGGGCUAUAGUGUUAGGUGCCGCCAUCAACCAAAUAGAUGCAAGGGCAGGACGACACAAGAGACAGUUUGAUGGUGGCUUCGGAGGAGGAGGAUCGAAUCCAUUUGGACCCGGAACCUCAGGUGCUUGUAAACCAUUAGCCGCUCCGACAGAUGGACAAAUAAACUGCGGAGAUUCUACUAUAUUUUAUCGGUGUACGGCCCAGUGUAACUCUGGCUAUGAAUUUGAUAAUGGCGACACCACCAUACAAAAAGACUGUGACCCAAUGACAGGGCAGUUUUUUGAUGGCCCGGCUUUUCCAAAAUGUAUACCCACCUGUAGCCCAGCCUGUCAAAAUGGAGGGACCUGUGUUCAGCCCAAUGUCUGCUCCUGUGCUCCGGGCUGGAGGGGGACGUUUUGUGAAAGUCCUGAUGGGAAGUGUAUCAAACCAGCUGACCCCAGCAACGGAGUGGCCACCUGCCAGAGUACACCCACCACGAUGCAGUGUUCAAUUUCUUGUCAGAGCGGGUUCAAGUUUGAGUACUCACCCCCCUCCGAGUAUGUAUGCAGGGACGGGACCUGGAGCCCCCAGCCUUCCUUCCCCAGGUGUAUUCCAGCUAGCCAAUCAACAGUGAGCCCCCCCACUCAGCCAGUACCUUCCUUUGUGAGGGACGCGAUGUGUGUGGCCUGGGGCCAGGAUCAUUACCGAACCUUUGAUGGCACAGUGUACGCCUUUCAGGGACAGUGUGAAUAUGUGUUAGCUAAAGACUGUACCGGCGAUUCCUUCCAUGUUAACGUGAUCAACGACCAUAGUUGUACUCAGGCGGCUCCGUGUCAUAGAAGCGUAGACAUUUAUUUCGGCUCUCACAAAGUGCAGUUCCGUGCUGAGGCAUCUGGUGCAAAGGUUUUGUUUGAUGGGGCGGAACUAUCGGUUCCGGCCAGUCAGAAUCAAGUGGAGAUCGUCAAAGUCGGCCAUUACACCCUGCUUACUCAUGCCACACUCGGAUUCAAGGUGCGAUGGGACGGGCGCGAGUCUGUCUUUGUUUCCAUUAAUGCGGAUCUGAAGGGAAAGAUGUGCGGACUCUGUGGUCUGAACGACGGGGAUAAAACCAAUGAUUUCAAAACUUCCCAGGGUGCAACAGUCACCAACGCUAACAUUGCAACUUUCGGCAAUUCAUGGAAGGAAGGAGCUGGCUCUUGUCCAGACAGCGCACAGAAAACGUGCACAGCCGCAGGCAGCACACAAGCACAGAGUGUGUGCAGCCAUCUGACCAGUGGGAGUUUCCAGCCGUGUAAUUCCAAAGUUGACCCGACGCCAUACCUGGAGGCUUGUAAGCUAGACUGCUGCAGUGGAGGUGAUGCUGUUACAUGUGGCUGUAAGAGUUUCGAGGCUUACGCCCGCGCCUGUAUGGAUGCGUCCCCAACACUCCGUGACCUUAGUUGGAGGUCGGACCAGAUAUGUCCUGCACCAGCUUGUCCGAACAAUCUGAUUCAUAAAGAAUGCGGCAACUGUCAAUUGAAAUGUGGCUCCGGCUCCAAUGUGGCGGGGUGUAAGGAGACCACCUGCUUUGAUGGGUGUUUCUGUCCCCAAGGUAUGGUCCUUAACGAGGGGCGUUGUGUGUACCCUGAGCAGUGUCCAUGUCUCCAUGGAGACAAGAUGCUACCAGCCGGGUCCGUCGUACCCAAAGAAUGCAACAAAUGUACAUGUAAAUCUGCCAAAUGGGAGUGCACCACCAAGCGUUGCGCUGGAACAUGUGCUGCUACUGGAGAUCCCCACUACUUGACCUUUGAUGGGGUGCGAUACAACUUCAUGGGCAUCUGUAGCUACUACAUGGUCCAGGACCCCGAGUUUGACAUCAUUGCCAACAACAUCGCCUGUGGUCACGGCCACGCCUCUUGUACAAAGUCCAUCAGCUUCAACUACAAUAACCAUUUCGUCACGAUGGACCACAACCACGUGUUGACGAUUGACGGGAACGACAUCACACGACUGCCGUACAAGCAAAACGGAAUUCAAAUCUUCAUGGUGUCCUCGUUGUUUAUGAAGGCUGUCCUCGGAAAUGGUGCCGAAAUCCUAUGGGAUGGAAGAACAAGAGCCUACAUCACUAUGCCAACGACCUACUUUAACCACACCAAGGGUAUGUGUGGUACUUGGGAUCACGACCGGACGAAUGAAUACCUGACGCCACAGGGAACCAUCGAACCAAACACCAACCUUUUCGGAAACCACUGGAAACUUCAGAAGACCUGUCGUGACGAACCGGAGAAUUUCACCAAUCCAUGCGACAACAAUCCUAAGGGCCAGGAACAAGCCAAGAAGUACUGCGCUUAUCUGAAAGGAGACGUCUUCAAGCCGUGCCAUACAUUAGUGGACUAUACCGACAUAUAUGACAACUGUAUGUUUGACAUGUGUGCCUGCACUGAUAACCUCAAGGACUGUCUCUGUCCUAUGCUUUCCCAGUAUGCCAAGGACUGUGCCGCCCAAGGCAUCAGCCUACAAUGGCGGUCCAACAUUACAGAGUGUCAGUUGCCAUGUAAGGGAGGUCAGGUGUACCAGAACUGUCCCAAUGAGUGCGUGCGUACCUGCCACAUCAUCUCUAACAACCCGGUCUGUACCCAAGACCUGACCCGAUGUGCUGAGGGCUGCUCCUGCCCCCAGGGUCAGGCCCUGAAUGACAACGGAGACUGUAUCCCCAUCAGCCAGUGCCCCUGUGAGUUCGGUAACCAGCAGUAUGCUCCCGGGGUACAAACCAAAAUGGAGGACAAGAUCUGUACUUGUGAGAAUGCUGUUUGGAAUUGUACCAAGAUCACCAACACAACCAAAGUGGAAGUUCCCAACAUCUGCAAGGAGACGGAGAUCUUCACCAACUGCACCUCUUUGUGUCCGCUCACCUGUGAGAACAUGGGAGCGCCCCCAACCUGUCUGCCGGCCACCGGUGACGACUGUGUCCCUGGGUGUGUCUGUAAGGCCGGAUACAUAUGGAACGGGAAAGACUGCGUGCCAAGACUGGAGUGUCCGUGUUACCAUGGCGGCAAGCCGUACAAGGAGGGGGAAAAGUACUAUCAGGAGUGUAACGAAUGCACCUGCAGCGGUCAGAACUGGGUGUGUACCCACAAGGAGUGCCCCGCGGUCUGCAGUGCGUUUGGCGACAGCCAUUACACCACCUUUGACGGCAAGCACUAUGAAUUCCAGGGCACCUGUACCUACAUUCUGGCCCAGUCCACCAGCGAUAAUCCCAACAAGUUUGUCAUCACGACGGAGAAUAUGCCCUGCGGAAGUACAGGGGUGGCCUGCACCAAAUCCAUCCACUUCAACAUUGGAGAACCAGGGACAUCCAGCUUCUUCCAGUUGACCCUGAUACGUGGGAAAUCCCCGCAGGUAGACUCGGACACCCCAUUCUCUAUACAGGACACCGGGAGCUUCUUUGUUAUCAAGACCCCCACGGGAAUCACCCUUACAUGGGACAAGGGGACCCGAGUGUACCUCAAAUUGGGCACACAGCACAGAGGAAAGGUGGAAGGUCUCUGUGGUAACUUUGACGGAGACCAAGGAAACGACCUCGUGACCCAGGGUGGCCUCCAAGCUGUCAAUGUCACGACCUUUGCAGAUGGUUGGCAGGAGAACCCGGACUUCUGUAACCCCUCCAAGAUAGUGACUGACACGUGUAAGCAGAAUCCUGAGAGGCAGCAAUGGGCCAAGAGCAAGUGUAGCAUUAUCAGCAGCUCACUGUUUCAGCCCUGUCACAGCGUGAUGCCCGACUACCUCGCCUACCAGGCCAGAUGUAUGUUUGAUGCGUGCGCCUGUGACUCUGGAGGAGACUGUGAGUGUCUCUGUACCGCUAUUGCCGCCUUCGCUCAUGAGUGUGCCGCUCAGGGCGUCCCCAUUAAGUGGAGAACUCCUACCCUAUGUCCCAUCCAGUGCGAGGAAUGCGCCACCUACAACCCCUGUAUCUCGGCCUGCCCUAAAAAGACGUGCAAGAACUACUUGACCUACGAUCAGAUCACAAAGGACUCGGGCUGCAAGGAGGAGAGCUGUGUGGAGGGGUGCGACAUCAAGCCCUGCUCCACGGGGAUGGUCUAUGACAAAGACUCCUCCCCCAUGAAGUGUAUCCCUGAGCCAUUCUGUAACACCCCUGCCUGCAUGGUUAAUGGCCGACAGUAUCGCCUGUAUGAGCAGAUUAAAGACCCGGAUGUGUGUAGACAAGACUGUGAAGUCUGUACCUGUGGUCCAGAUGGAGAUGUCAUGAGGAACAGUGUUUGUCAGAGUACCACUCCACCGGUGACCCGAUUCCCACCUGUGACCUACAAAACCCUGGCUCCCAACACCUACCCUCAAGGAAUUCCGACAUUUACCAGCCAUUUCGGUCAUGAUGGAUCCACGAAGCCUCACCACAAAGUGAGGUGUGUUGAUGGAUGGACUCAGUGGAUGAGUGGCAACUCUCCUUCCACAAGCGACCCUAAUGAUCGGGAAACAUCCGAAAGUUUGAGAAGGAUGUAUUCAUUCUGCCAUGACAGUCAGCAGACUGCUAUAGAGUGCAGGGUGGCAAACCAGCAAACCAAGACAACAGCGCCGGUCUGGGCUGAUUAUCUCUGCGACUUAGAGGAGGGCUUACAAUGCACGAGUAAAAACGGAACUGAAUGUCCAAAUUAUGAGAUCCGCUUUGAAUGCAACUGUCAUUUAUCCACAGUAACAACAAAGUCUCCCGCAAGCACCCAACCAACCACUGCCUUCUUCACCGGAAAAAUCCCAAUCACUGACGAUUUCGGUCAACCUAUUUUGGCUCCAUUGACGGACCAGUUCCACAAACCAGUGACGGAUGACUUUGGAGAGACGGUGUCCUUGGUACCACAGUACAUCACCCAAACAAGACCCACCCCAUCCCCACCGACCGAUAUGUUUGGCAGACCAUACAUCAUGUAUCCAAAAACUGAUGAAUUCAAGAAUCCCAUUUUAGUUCCGAAAACAGAUUCGAACGGAAAUCCAGUAACGGAUGCAUCUGGCCGAACAACAAUGGUCCCGGAGUAUGUGACUCAAGGAGUUCCAACUGUUGAACCACCCACAGACAAAUUUGGAAACCCCAUCCUGUCUCCCAAAACCGAUGAGUUUGGAAUACCCCUGUUGAAUCCUCAGGUCACAGAUGCCUUUGGUCAGCCUCAUUAUUCAAACAACACCCUGAUCCCUCAGCCUUAUAAGUGUGUUCAGGGAUGGUCCCCCUUCAUGAAUGUGGACAACCCGAAGAACAAGAGUGUGGCCAGUGAGAUUUUCGGGGGAGGAGACAUCGAGAGUUUGAGUGCACUCAGACAGAAAUACAGCUUCUGUGCCGAGCCUUCCUCCAUUAAGUGUCAGUCUGUGAAUGACAAGUACCCGUACACACGGACCGGAGAUGUUGACGUCAUCUGCAAUGUCAAGAAGGGACUGCUGUGUAUGAACAGAAAACAGGCCGACGGGGAAUGUGAAGAUUACGAGGUUUCGGUCUACUGCGAUUGUGGAGAAACCCCAACAAAACCAGUUGACCAGGUAACCAAGGCCCCUGAGCCUGGAGAGCCCCACCCCCCUAUCCCAUCCUGUGAGUGGACACAGUGGAUGAACAGCCACCGCAGGAUGCCAGGGGACGUCCGUGAGACAGAGACCCUCAGUCAGCUACGCAUGCACUACGACUUCUGCGAAUUCCCAUCCCAGAUCGAAUGCCGCGACGCAAAGACUGGACAGACGUUCGACAAAACCGGGGAUCUGGCGGUCACCUGUGACAUCAACCAUGGCCUCAUCUGUGAAGAUCUAUACCAGAAUUCUGUGGAGGGUUGCCGUGACUAUGAGGUGCGAGUGUACUGUACAGACGGAUGCCAGUCGACUGUCGGACCCACCGUGUCUCCUCGCUGUGAACCGGGCUGGACGGAUUGGAUCAACAACGUCCAUCCAUCUUCAGAUUUUCCAACAGAUGUGGAAGUACCCAGAAGUAUUCUCGGAUACCCAGACACCUGUAAUAACGUCAUCGCUGUGCGGUGCUCCGUGGCAGCUACUGGUCUGGACUACAAGAGUAAGGGAGAGAAUGUGAUCUGUACCACCAACGGACUGAAGUGUACCCCCAAACCGGGCGAAACCUGCGAGGACUAUCAGGUCCAAUUCUACUGUGACUGUUCCAACCCACCAGUUCCACAGACGGACAUUUUUGGAAUUCCAAUCGCAGUUCCUAAAACGGAUGCUUUUGGAUUCCCCCUUCUGAGACCUCUGACAGACGCCUACAAUCACUUGCCUAUCACAGACAACCAAGGAAGCACUUUCCUGGUUCCAGUUCCUUCAAAUGGCAGCCACCCAACUCCACAACCGGAAACCGAUGCUUUUCACAACCCGGUGCUAGUACCAAAAACAGAUGUGUACGGCCAACCAGUCACCGACAAAUCCGGAAACCCCAUCAUGGUUCCAAAACCGUACUCUCAAGUUACGCCCACCACCACUCCACAAGCGUCUGGAUCCACCCCGGAACCAGGGAAAAUUGUGUGCAACCAGGGCUGGACCUUCCCUAUGAAUGCAGACUCGCCCACCUCAGGGGCGGGGGAUGAGGAGACCCUGUCUAAACUCCGCACCAAGUUCUCCUUCUGCCACGAAGAUGACAUUGUUGCUGUUAAAUGCACAGAGAAAGACAGUGGGCUGCUUCCAGCUGAUUUGGGUCAGUCUGUGACAUGCGACAAGAACGGACUUGUUUGCGUGAAUGCCAAUCAACCGAGCAGCAAGUGUCACGACUACCUCGUACAGUUCUACUGCAGCUGUAAACAACAGCCUGAUGUGAAUUCUACGGUUUCUCCGAGCCCUGCCACACCUGGAGUGACAACAUCAACAAUGCCUCCAACGAUUGGCCAGGAAGUAUGCGACCAUGAGGUUGGGGUGUCAGACUUUGCCCCCGAUCAGUUCCAGGCCUCCUCUUCUGUUGACGUUGAUCACGACGCAGACAAGGCCAGGCUCCGCAAACCGACCGCCUGGGUCGCAAGGUACAGUGAUGAACACCAGUAUAUCCAGGUCAACUUCCAGAUGCCAACUACCAUGACCGGGGUCAGAGUUCAAGGCGACCCCGCCUCCCAAUCGUGGGUCACCAAAUUCAUUGUGAAGUUUAGCAACGACGGCCAGAGGUGGACUCCGUAUUACCAGAGCUUCGCUGUUGAGCCUAAGGUGUUCCAGGGAAAUAUGGACAAGGAUAAUGUUGCCUCUGCAUUUUUCGAUCGGGAAGUUACAGCUAAAUACCUACGCAUUGUCCCGCAAGAGUGGCACAACAGAAUCGCCUUACGGUUUGAGGCUCUGGAAUGUCCGACUCCCACAGAAACACCUGCAGUCACAGUUUCUCAAACAUCACCAACCCCUAAGUUGGACUGUUUGGAUCCUAUGGGCAUUGAGAACGGUGCCAAGGUCACUGACGGUCAGCUUCUGGUGUCAUCCAGCCGGGACUCCCUGUCUGGGGCCUCAGCGGGACGUCUGUUUAAUGAGUUUGGAGCAUGGGUACCACAGGACAAUGCAGAAAAGAGCUGGAUUCAGGUGGACCUGGGGUCGCCCCAGACAAUCUCUGGGAUCCUAACCCAGGGAAGCCCCCGAGAGGAACGCUGGGUCACAAACUUCGCAGUGUCCUACAGUCUGGACGGACGUAACUUCUUUGUCGUCAAGGAAGCAGACGGCAAGGCGGCCAUGUUUAUCGGGAAUGUGGAUCAGAAGUCUGUGGUGAAGAACAUGUUCGACUCGCAGAUCUUGGCGCGCUAUGUCCGGGUCGUCGUGAUCGAAGCUGGGUCCGGAGGGUCGGGACUGCGUUUUAAUCUACUGGGCUGUAGCUCUGAGAUGACCAAGACCUCCCCUCAAGUAACACCCAUUCCGACCGCCACCCCACGUCCUGUGUCAACCAUUGAGCCAAUCUGCAAUCAGCCGAUGGGAGUUCAAGAUAUGGAAAUAAUUCCAGACCGAUUACUGACUGCCUCUUCAGAGAAAGAUUCCACGUUUUCAGCCUCGCAGGGACGCAUCACAGGAGACGGUCACUCCUGGCAACCAUCGUCAUCUGACCAGACUCCAUAUAUUGAGGUCAACUUUUUGGAGCCAAAACUGAUCACAGGAGUUGUGACGCGGGGUGAUGGAAAAACGGAGAGUUGGGUCCGCACUUUCACAGUGUCCACUAGCAUUGAUGGAGCCAACUUCUCUCCGUACAGCGAUGGUGGAAUUCCAGAGCCCAAGCUGUUCAACGGCAAUGAAGACAAAACCACAGCGGUCACUAAUUUCUUCAACAGGCAGGUCAUUGCACAGUAUGUACGAAUUCAUCCCAAGUCCGUCAAUGGAGAAACAUCCCUACAGUUCAAUGUUCUGGGAUGUAACCCUGCCCAGAAGCCGGGUCCAACUACACCAUCUUCAGUGGUUCCAGAGACCGACGAAUUCGGUAACCCGAUCUUGAUUCCAAAAACGGAUGAAUAUGGAAGACCUCUGACUGACUUUUACGGCCAGACGAUCAUGGUUCCAAAGCUCUACACCCAGGGUCAGCCCACACCUGCUCCUGCUACAGAUGAACAUGGUGAUCCAAUCUUGGUACCAAAAACCGAUACUUAUGGUAAACCAAUGACCGAUGAACAGGGGCAUACUAUAAUGAUCCCACUCCCUUGGAAUCAAGCCACACCAAAGGCAGUUCCCAAGACAGAUCCGUUCGGAAAUCCCAUUUUGGUACCUAAGACCGAUUCAUAUGGAGUGCCUAUGACUGACAAUCAAGGUAAUACAAUUAUGGUUCCUUUGACUGAGGCACCAGAGAAACCCACUGUGGUGCCAGUAACAGAUGCUCAAGGUAACCCAAUUUUGGUGCCAAAAACGGAUUCUUAUGGAAAACCAAUGACAGAUGAGCAUGGUAACACUGUAAUGGUGCCUAUUCCAUAUACACAUGGUCCUCCAACCCCAUCACCUCAGACAGAUGAAUUUGGAAAUCCAAUCUUGGUGCCUAAAACAGACUCCUAUGGCAAGCCCAUGACAGAUGAGCAGGGCCACACAAUCAUGGUACCUCUUCCAGUUUCAACAGCAAAGCCAACUCCAGAGCCUGUGACUGAUAUACAAGGAAACCCUGUGCUGAUUCCAAAAACAGAUUCCUAUGGAAAACCCAUCUUAGAUGCCCAAGGUCACACAACAAUGAUUCCUCUGUAUGUGACACAGAAGACUCCUAUUCCAAUCCCAAAGACAGAUGAUUUCGGCAAUCCUAUCAUGGUUCCAAAAACGGACUCCUAUGGUAAACCUAUGACAGACGACUUUGGAGAAACCAUCAUGGUGCCUGAUUACUACACACAGGGACCUCCAACUCCUCGACCACAGACUGAUGAAUUCCAUCAGCCAAUAUUGGUUCCAAAAACUGACACCUAUGGAAAACCUAUGACUGAUGACCUAGGAAACACAAUCAUGGUUCCUUUGCCAGAAACAACUGCUAAACCAACACCUUCACCAAAGACUGACAAGUUUGGACAACCAUUGUUGGUCCCCAAGACUGAUGAAUAUGGACGACCUUUCACAGACAAGCAGGGUAAUACCGUGAUGAUUCCUAUACCCUAUGAACAGAGCACCCCUAUCCCUAACCCAGUCACAGACAGGUUUGGAGUACCAGUGUUGGUUCCUAGAACUGAUGAGUAUGGAAAGCCAUACACAAACAGGUUUGGACAAACCGAGAUGGUACCUAUUCCAUACACUCAAGGCAAACCCACCCCAAAACCACAAACUGAUGCUAAUGGUCGACCCAUCUUGGUUCCAAGAACAGAUGAAUACGGACAGCCAUAUACAGAUGAGCAUGGAAACACAGAAAUGGUUCCAGUGCCAGAAAAUCAGAAUACUCCCACUCCAGCACCUCUCACUGAUGAACAAGGAAACCCUAUCCUUGUUCCAAAAACAGACUCCUAUGGCAAACCAAUGACUGAUGAAUUAGGUAAUCCAAUUAUGGUGCCCAAGCCAGCUCCAACUGGAAAUCCCACUCCUGCUCCACAGACAGAUGAACAUGGAAACCCAAUCCUGGUGCCAAAGACUGAUUCAUACGGGAAGCCCAUGACAGAUGAGCAGGGACAUACCAUCAUGGUGCCACUGCCUGCUACUCAAGGUUUACCAACACCAGCACCUUUGACUGACAAAUUUGGAAACCCAGUUUUGAUGCCAAAGACAGACUCUUAUGGAAAGCCAAUGACCGAUGAACAGGGUCACACUAUCAUGGUUCCGGUCCCUGCCAAUCAGGGGAGCCCCACUCCAGCCCCACAGACGGACAGUUAUGGCAAACCAAUAAUGGUGCCUAAAACAGACUCCUAUGGCAAACCAAUGACAGACGAUCAGGGAAAUACCAUCAUGGUUCCACUGCCUGCUACACAGGGUCAGCCUACACCUGUUCCAGAAACCGAUAAAUUUGGAAAUCCAAUAUUGAUUCCAAAAACAGAUUCCUAUGGCCAUCCCAUGACGGAUGAUCAUGGUAACACAAUACUGGUUCCUAAACCUGCCACACAGGCUACACCCUCACCAGUACCAGCCACCGACGAGCAUGGAAACCCCAUCCUUGUUCCACGGACAGACUCCUAUGGAAAGCCAAUGACUGAUGCUGAAGGCAGCACCAUCCUUGUGCCACUGCCAGCCAAUGGUAGCACGCCACAGAUUAUCCCAGAGACGGAUGUAUUCGGAAACCCAAUAUUGGUACCAAGGACAGAUGAAUAUGGAAAGCCAUACACUAAUGAACAAGGCAAAACUGUACUGGUUCCAAAACCAGCCACUCCACAGAAGCCAACACCAGAGCCUGAAACAGACAAAUUUGGUAAUCCUGUUUUGGUGCCAAGAACAGAUGAAUAUGGAAAACCUUACACAGAUGAGUAUGGUAGAACAGAAUGGGUUCCAAAACCAGCCACACAAGGCCUUCCUACGCCAGCUCCGGAAACAGAUAAAUUCGGUAACCCAAUCCUAGUUCCAAGAACCGAUGAAUAUGGAAGACCCUAUACAGAUGAACAUGGUAACACAGAGAUGGUUCCAAAACCAGGUUACACAGGUCAGCCAACUCCAGCACCAGAAACCGACAAAUACGGACAACCUAUCCUCAUUCCUAAAACUGAUGAAUAUGGCAAACCUUACACAGACAGUCAUGGCAACACUGUCAUGGUUCCAAAACCUGGAACUUUUGGCCUUCCAACUGUUAUCCCAAUGACAGAUGAAUUUGGAAGACCAAUCCUUGUUCCAAAGACGGAUGAAUAUGGCCGCCCCUACACCGACAAAUUUGGAUCAACAACAAUGAUUCCUUUGAUCCCUGUUUCGCAAGGAGUUCCAACCAGGGUGCCCAAAGUCUGUUUGACCUAUAUGGGAGUAGACGACAACUACGUUAUUAAGAACAGCCAGAUGUCUGCCUCUUCCUUCAGCGGCACAAAUACCCCAGGUCAAGGCCGUCUCUUUGGCGACUACUCAUGGCAACCAAGGUCAAAUGACACAUCACCAUGGAUACAGGUUGACCUUGGCAAGUUGUCCUUGAUCUCUGGUCUGGUAACCCAGGGAGACACCAUCAACAGGAAGUUUGUCAAGACUUACACCGUCUACACCAGCAUUGACGGAAAAACCUUCGUUCCUUACUCCGACAUCCCAGGGGCAGGAAUUCCCAAAGUCUUCAGUGCCAACAAAGAUGGGGAUACCCCCAUAAGGAACCUCUUCAACAGGAACAUGACAGCCCAGUAUGUCAGAAUUUACCCACAAUCCACCUCUGCUGCCGGAACAGCAAUCCGACUGAAUAUCCUUGGAUGUAAUCCGUCAACACCAGUUCAGCCAACCCCAUCCGGAACACAAACACCAGUCUGUGAUGUCAAGAUGGGCCUGUCUAACGGAUUGAUCGUAUCAAACGCCCAGUUCAAAGCAUCCAGUGUGUUGGACAGUUUCCACGGGCCUGAGCGUGCUCGCCUGUACAGCCACAGAGAUGGAGGUUACACAGGGGGAUGGACUCCAAGUGUGAACAAUAACCGCCAAUGGAUCCAAAUUGACCUUCUGUCCACAGAGGAGGUUUAUGGGGUCGUCACACAAGGUCGCUCCGACCUUCCUUACUGGGUCACCGAGUACCAGGUCUACUACAGUACGGACGGAAAAUCAUUCUUACCGGUGACCUCUGGUCCAGCGGACAAGACGCCCCAAACGUUCAAUGGUAACUCUGACAACCAUAACCCGGUCACCAAUGUCUUCAACCAGAAAGUCCAGGCAAGGUUCAUUAGAAUUGUUCCACUCAAAUGGUUUGAGGCCAUUGGUCUGCGAUUUGAGCUGGUGGGCUGCAAACAACUCACUCCCUCCCCACUUGUUUCUCUCCCACCAUCCUCAGCAACAACCACCACUGGCCCAGGACCUGCUACCUGUAUGUACUGGACCCCGUGGGUCAACACUAACACACCAGAUGCCACUGGUGAUUACGAGACGAUCAUGCAUCUGAAUUCCCUGGUACAGUCUUGUAACAGCUCAAGUAUCCGAGCCAUUGAGUGCCGCACAGUGGGAAGCAAGAAGUCCUGGAAUGAAGCGGGUGACAUGGACGUCAAAUGUGACCUUGACUCUCAAGGACUUCUGUGCUUUAACAAGGUGCAGAGAAGUGGGCAGUGUCAGGAUUAUGAGAUCAGAGUCUUCUGUGAUGAAUGUCCAACCACAACAGGUGCAUCUGCCCCGCCCACCCAAUCAACACCCACCCCAAGCGCCACUCCCAAAGAGCCAUGCCAAAACAAGAGCUUCUGGUCCCCAUGGAUCAACAAGCAGUCCCCCGGACCGGGCGGUGAAGUGGAGAGCAUGACCCCCGAGGAGAAGAAGGCGUUCUGUUCUGAGGGUGUGAUCAAUGGGGUCGAGUGUGAGACCGUGACCGGUCAGCCGUGGUUUGACACCAAUCAGAUCCUGACCUGUGACGUCAGGGACGGACUGAACUGUGACAACAGCAUCAACUUCGGAGACAUGUGCAAGGAUUACAGGAUCCGCUACCAGUGUCAAGUCAUCUGUAAAGAGACCCCCACAACAAGCCCCAGUACCACCACCACAACCACUACCCCUAGUCCUACCACACCAACCACACAGUCUACCACCACUGUUCCUACCACCACCAAGUGUGUCGAGGAAAUAACCGUGUCGCCGUGGAUUAACCGGGACAAACCCUACCAAGGCGAGGGGGACAAGGAAGCCAUGACACCAGAGGAGCUUGCCAGGUUCUGCCCUGCUAGUAGUGGGAGCUACAUUAAGAAGGUUGAGUGUGUGGCAGUGGAUGGCCUGAUCCCCAGCUACAGUACAGGGGACACCAUGAUCUGUGACAAAGAACUGGGCUCAGUCUGUCUGAACAGCGACAACUUCCCUGUCCAAUGUCAGGACUACAUGAUCCGAUACACAUGUCAACAGAUCUGUCAGACACCAGAGCCCACCGUAUUGUAUGUCCCAGUCACAGACAGAUUUGGCAAUCCAAUCCUGGUUCCAAGAACCGAUGCCUACCACCAUCCUUACACAGAUGAGAACGGCCAUACCUCGCUGGUUCCUAUCGGCUAUGUACAGGUCACCCCAACCCCAAAACCUGCAACAGAUGAACAGGGUCACCCAGUCAUGGUGUUCAAAACAGACUCCUAUGGCAAUCACAUGACUGAUGAUCAUGGUAAUACUAUCAUGGUGCCUAAACCAGCUCCAACUGGUACUCCCACACCUGCUCCCCAGACUGAUGUAAAUGGAAAGCCUAUCAUGGUGCCAAAGACUGAUUCAUACGGGAAGCCCAUGACAGACGAGCAGGGACAUACUAUAAUGGUUCCACUACCUGCUUCACAGAGUCCACCUACCCCAAGUCCUCAAACAGACAAAUUCCACAACCCAAUCUUGGUACCAAAGACAGAUGAAUAUGGUAAACCGUAUACAGAUGCUAAUGGAAACACAGUUCUUGUUCCUCUACCAGUCACUCAGAGUUCCCCAACCCCUGCUCCUGUCACUGAUAAGUUUGGAAGACCCAUCUUAGUUCCAAGGACAGACGAGUAUGGGCGACCUUAUACCAAUAUAUAUGGGGAAACAGAAAUGGUUCCAAUACCAUAUGACCAGAGCACCCCAACACCUGCUCCACAGACAGAUGCACAUGGCAAUCCAAUAUUAGUGCCCAAGACAGACAGCUAUGGUAAACCAAUGACUGAUGAGCAGGGUCACACAAUAUUGGUGCCUCUUCCUGAGUAUCAGGGAACACCUACCCCAGCGCCUCAGACCGAUGAGAAUGGAAACCCAAUAAUGGUGCCCAAGACAGAUUCUUACGGGAAACCGAUGACAGACGAGAGCGGUAAAACAAUCAUGGUGCCACUUCCCUCUGUCACAAACAAUCCAACGCCAUCACCAGAGACUGACAAAUUUGGCAACCCAAUACUGGUUCCAAAGACCGAUGAAUAUGGAAAACCAUACACUGAUAAGAAUGGACACACAGUGAUGGUCCCAGUGCCUUACACACAGGGCAAACCUACACCUGCUCCUGUAACAGAUGCUCAGGGAAAUCCUAUACUGGUUCCCAGGACUGAUGAAUAUGGCAGACCUUACACAGAUGAACAAGGGCACACACAGAUGGUUCCAAUCCCAUUCGUUGGGGACAAACCAACGCCUGCACCAGAAACUGAUAAAUACGGAAACCCUAUUUUAGUUCCAAAGACUGAUGAGUAUGGUAAACCUUACACAGACGAACAUGGUAAUACUGUGAUGGUACCAAAACCAUACCAGCAGAGUUCACCCACUCCAGCACCAGCCACUGAUAAGCAGGGAAAUCCCAUCAUGGUGCCAAAGACAGACUCUUAUGGCAAACCCAUGACAGAUGAACAGGGUCACACCAUCAUGGUUCCACUACCGUCUGAUCAGUAUGUGCCCACUUUGGCACCACAAACUGAUGAACAUGGAAACCCAAUCUUGGUACCCAAGACAGAUUCCUAUGGAAAACCAAUGACAGAUGAACAAGGUCAUACCAUCAUGGUUCCUCUACCAGAAAACCCUAACACACCAACACCAGCCCCACAAACUGACGCUCAGGGAAAUCCCAUCUUGGUUCCAAAAACAGAUGAAUAUGGUAGACCUUACACAGACAGCCAAGGAAGGACAGUCAUGGUGCCUCUGCCAUACACACAAGGCAAGCCCACACCAUCACCCCAAACAGAUAUAUUUGGACGUCCUAUUUUGAUACCAAAAACAGAUGAAUAUGGCAAACCUUAUACAGAUGAACAUGGCAACACAGUUAUGGUCCCAUUGCCUUAUGGCCAAAGUACACCAACACCUGCUCCUCAGACUGAUGAACAUGGAAACCCCAUCAUGGUGCCAAAGACAGAUUCCUAUGGCAAACCAAUGACAGAUGAACAGGGACACACUAUAAUGGUGCCAUUACCAGCAACUCAAGGUACACCAACACCAGUGCCAAAAACGGAUGAACAUGGAAACCCAAUUUUGGUGCCUAAGACAGAUUCCUAUGGAAAACCCAUGACAGAUGAACAAGGUCAUACCAUCAUGGUUCCUCUACCAGAAAACCCUAACACACCAACAGUAGUCCCACAAACUGACGCUCAGGGAAAUCCCAUCUUGGUACCAAAAACAGAUGAAUAUGGAAGACCUUACACAGACAACCAAGGAAGGACAGUCAUGGUGCCUCUGCCAUACACACAAGGCAAGCCCACACCUUCACCACAGACAGAUAUUUUUGGACAUCCUAUUUUGAUACCUAAAACAGAUGAAUAUGGCAAACCUUAUACUGAUGAACAUGGCAACACAGUAAUGGUCCCAUUGCCUUAUGGCCAAAGUACACCAACACCUGCUCCUCAGACUGAUGAACAUGGAAACCCCAUCAUGGUGCCAAAGACAGAUUCCUAUGGCAAACCAAUGACAGAUGAACAGGGACACACUAUAAUGGUGCCAUUACCAGCAACUCAAGGUAUACCAACACCAGUGCCAAAAACAGAUGAACAUGGAAACCCAAUUUUGGUGCCUAAGACAGAUUCCUAUGGAAAACCCAUGACAGAUGAACAGGGUCAUACCAUUAUGGUUCCUCUACCAGAAAACCCUAACACACCAACAGUAGUCCCACAAACUGAUGCUCAGGGAAAUCCCAUCUUGGUACCAAAAACAGAUGAAUAUGGUAGACCUUACACAGACAGCCAAGGAAGGACAGUCAUGGUGCCUCUGCCAUACACACAAGGCAAGCCCACACCAUCACCACAGACAGAUAUUUUUGGACGUCCCAUUUUGAUUCCCAAAACAGAUGAAUAUGGCAAACCUUAUACUGAUGAACAUGGCAACACAGUAAUGGUUCCACUGCCUUAUGGCCAAAGUACACCAACACCUGCUCCUCAGACUGAUGAACAUGGAAACCCCAUCUUGGUGCCAAAGACAGAUUCCUAUGGCAAACCAAUGACAGAUGACCAGGGUCACACUAUAAUGAUUCCUUUGCUUGAGAAACAGGGUACACCAACCCCAGCACCACAGACAGAUGCCAAUGGUAAACCAAUUCUGGUGCCAAAGACAGACUCCUAUGGCAAGCCCAUGACAGAUGAGCAAGGACACACUAUAAUGGUGCCAUUACCUGCCACACAGGGUACACCAACACCUGCUCCUCAGACUGAUGAACAUGGAAACCCCAUCAUGGUGCCAAAGACAGACUCCUAUGGUAUACCCAUGACAGAUGAUCAGGGACGAACUAUAAUGGUUCCUCUUCCAGAAACACAAGGAUUGCCUACACCUGCCCCACAGACAGACAAAUAUGGAAGACCUAUUCUUGUUCCAAGAACAGAUUCCUAUGGUAAACCAAUGACAGAUAAAUUUGGAAAUACCAUCCUAGUCCCUCUACCUGUUGGACAGAGCACACCUUCACCAGUCCCAGAAACAGACAGAUUUGGAAAUCCAAUCCUUGUUCCAAAGACCGAUUCCUAUGGAAAACCAAUGACUGAUGCUCAAGGACACACUAUUCUGGUACCAAAACCAGCAACCCAGGGUACACCAACCCCAUCUCCACAGACAGAUGAAUUUGGAAAUCCAAUCAUGGUGCCAAAAACAGAUUCCUAUGGAAAACCGAUGACAGAUGAACAGGGACGAACUAUCAUGGUGCCUCUUCCAGAACACCAGAGUACUCCUGUAGUUUCCCCUAAGACAGAUAAAUUUGGAAAUCCAAUCUUGGUUCCCAGAACAGAUGAGUAUGGUAAGCCAUAUACAGAUAAGAAUGGAAACACAGUGAUGGUUCCAUUGCCUGAAGUACAAGGAAAACCAACACCCAAGCCCCAGACAGACAAAUUCGGAAAUCCCAUUCUUGUGCCAAGAACAGAUGAAUACGGUAAACCAUAUACAAAUAAAUUUGGACAAACUGAAAUGGUGCCUUUGUAUGAGACUCAGAAUGUUCCCACACCAAAACCACAAACAGAUGCAUUUGGCAAUCCCAUUUUGGUUCCACGUACAGAUGAAUAUGGAAAACCAUACACAGACAUUUAUGGAAAAACAGAGAUGGUACCACUUCCUGAGACUCAAACUGUCCCAACCCCAAAACCUCAAACAGAUAAGUUUGGAAAACCAAUUCUUGUGCCAAGAACUGACGAGUAUGGUAGACCUUUCACAGAUGAGUUCGGAAACACACAGAUGGUUCCACUGCCAGCAACACAGGAGCUGCCCACUGUAGCUCCCAAAACAGACAAAUAUGGAAACCCUGUGUUGAUGCCAAGGACAGAUGAGUAUGGAAGGCCAUACACGAACAAGUUUGGACAAACUGAAUGGGUGCCUGUCCCAGCUGGACAAGACAAACCUACACCUGUACCACAGACAGAUGCAUUUGGAAACCCAAUACUUGUACCAAAGACAGACGAAUAUGGCAAGCCUUACACAGAUGUCAAUGGUCACACAGUUAUGGUGCCUCUUCCUUAUUAUCAAGGCACACCAACCCCAGCACCUCAGACAGAUGCGAAUGGUAAACCAAUCCUGGUGCCAAAGACAGACUCCUAUGGCAAGCCCAUGACAGAUGAGCAAGGACACACUAUAAUGGUGCCAUUACCUGCCACACAGGGUACACCAACACCUGCUCCUCAGACUGAUGAACAUGGAAACCCCAUCAUGGUGCCAAAGACAGACUCCUAUGGUAAACCCAUGACAGAUGAUCAGGGACGAACUAUAAUGGUUCCUCUACCAGAAACUCCCGGUGUGCCCACUCCUGCUCCAGAGACAGACAAAUAUGGUAAUCCUAAGCUUGUACCAAAGACAGAUGAAUACGGAAAGCCAUACACGGAUGAGCAUGGUAACACUGUUAUGGUACCCGUUCCUUAUCACCAGGGUACACCUACUCCAUCUCCACAAACAGAUAAAUUUGGAAACCCCAUCCUAGUGCCAAGGACUGAUGAAUAUGGCAAACCAUACACAAACAAGUUUGGUCAGACAGAGAUGGUUCCACUGCCAUACAACCAGGGAAGCCCAACACCAGCUCCUUUGACUGAUGCCCAAGGGAAACCCAUUCUUGUCCCCAAGACUGACUCUUAUGGACAUCCAAUGACAGACGAAAACGGCACCCCCAUCCUUGUGACUAUCCCAGGUCCUAUGAAGCAGGUUACACCAACACCUCAACCAGAAACUGACAGAUUUGGAAACCCUGUUCUUGUUCCAAAGACUGACUCAUAUGGAAAACCUAUGACAGAUGAACAGGGCCACACUAUAAUGGUACCUAAACCAUACCAACAAACUCAACCCACACCUGCACCGGAGACGGAUGAAUUUGGAUAUCCUAUCAUGGUUCCAAAAACUGAUUCCUAUGGUAAGCCCAUGACAGAUGAGAAUGGCCAUACAAUCAUGAUUCCAAAACCAGUCACUCAAGGUCUGCCUACACCAGCUCCAAAAACUGACAAAUAUGGUAACCCUAUCUUGGUUCCCAAGACAGAUGAAUAUGGCCAACCUUUCACAGAUGCUCAAGGCCACACCGUGAUGGUUCCUGUUCCAGAUGUGCAGGGAAAACCAACUCCAGCUCCUGCGACUGAUGAAUAUGGAAACCCCAUCAUGGUGCCAAAGACAGACUCUUAUGGUAAACCUAUGACAGAUGACCAGGGAAGAACCAUAAUGGUACCAGUGCCAUACAAGCAGAGUUCUCCUACCCUCAAACCUGUCACUGACGCUUCAGGCCACACCAUCCUGGUUGUGAAAACAGACUCCUACAACAAACCAAUGACGGACAAUCAGGGCAGCACUGUCAUGGUUCCACUCCGAGAAACGCAGGGUGUUCCCACACCAGCCCCACAGACAGACGAGCAUGGUAAUCCAAUCAUGGUGCCCAAAACAGAUUCCUAUGGAAAACCAAUGACAGAUGAACAGGGACAUACAACAAUGGUGCCACUGCCUGUGAAACAACAGCAACCAACUCCUUCACCUCAAACAGACAAAUUUGGAAAUCCAAUACUGGUUCCAAAGACUGAUGAAUAUGGCCAACCAUACACUGAUGAACAUGGACACACUGUCAUGGUUCCACUGCCAAAUGAACAGGGCAAACCAACACCAGCACCAAUGACCGACAAAUUCGGCAACCCAAUUUUGGUACCAAGAACUGAUGAAUAUGGAAGACCCUACACAGAUAAAUUUGGAAACACGGAAAUGGUGCCUUUACCAGGAUAUCAAGGAACCCCGACCCCAGCCCCAGAAACGGAUCGCUUUGGAAAACCCAUCAUGGUACCUAGAACUGAUGAAUAUGGCCGACCCUAUACUGACAUCAACGGACACACACAGAUGGUGCCCUUACCUGCCACACAAUACACACCAAUGGUGACACCUCAAACAGAUAUUUUUGGAAAUCCAGUACUUUCCAGCUGUCUCCAAAGUCAUUGGACACCUUAUGUGAAUCGUGACAAGCCAGAGCUCGGAGGUGGAGACUAUGAAAAAAUGACACCUGAAGAGCUGCACAUGUUCUGUCAGGAAGGAAAUAUAACCAAGAUUGAGUGCAUGACGUACGAAGGACUUCCCCAUUACAGUUCAGGCGAGAUCGUGACAUGUGACGUCAAGAAGGGAUUUUCUUGUGUGAAUGCUGACAACGCCCCUGUGCCCUGCUCAGACUACAAGAUUCGAUACUUCUGCCAGUGUGAUCGUGAUUCAACAGUAAGCCCAGCAGCAGUGACCCCCACUGUGGCCCCAAGCUUUAAACAAUGCGGCUGGUCCUCUUGGCUAAAUACAAAUUCUCCCUCUGUCUCGCUCACCUCUGGAGACUUUGAGUCCAUCUACGAUCUGAAGGCCAAAUACGGACUCUGUAAGGAAAUCAGGAAAAUUGAGUGUCGAGUGGCCGGAAGUAAAACCCCACUCUCAUUGGCUGGUCAGGAAAGCGUGGCUUGUGAUGUCAGAAAUGGACUGCGAUGCUACAAUCGUGACCAACCAUCCGGUCUUUGUUACGACUAUGAAGUCCGAGUCCUGUGCUGGGCUGAUACUUGCAACCCUGAUCUGUUGACCACACCGACUCCAGAUGUUCUGCACUCCACAACUCCUAUCUGUGCCCCUGGUGAGGUUUAUGAGGCGUGCCCAUACCGCUGCGAUGAUCUCUGUGAUGUUCUUGCCCAGCAGUCCUCGGCCUGUACUACUUCCCCUGCCACCAACCCCUGUGUGCCUUACUGUAGGCCCGCCGGGCUCACCUGUGCCCCCGGGGAGAAGCUGAAGGACAAGAACACCUGUGUACCCGCAAGUCGCUGUCCAUGUCGCAUGCAGAACGGGACCAUCGCUGGUCCUAUGGAGACUUGGACGAACCCUUAUGAUGAAUGCACCACCUGUCACUGCUUCAAUAACACUGUUACCUGUUCACGUGACGAAAGCUGUGUAACCACUCCAGCUCCCACACCAGCUAACCCAGUGACACAUCCUGAAUGCGAGUGGACUUACUGGAUCAAUGUGGAUACACCACUAAGUGGAGAUGGGGAUCUAGAGACUCUAUCCAAGAUCCGCAGCAUCCACUCAUUCUGCUCCGCCCCUGUCCAGAUUGAAUGCCGUGAUGCAGAAACAAAAGUGGCUUCCACACAGGGUGGACAACGCGUUUCAUGUGACAUUAAGUCCGGAUUCAAAUGUCUGAACUGGGAAAAUGGCGGUCAUUGCCGUGACUAUGAAGUCCGUUUCUACUGUCCAUGUGCAAGCACUCCCAGUCCCAGGAUAAGUACAACUCCAGCUCCUGUCAAAUCCAUCUGUGGAUGGUCCAACUGGAUCAACAUGGACAAUCCUUCUGUUAUGAAACCUGAGAAGCCCUUCGAAGGUGACAUUGAGUCCAUGGCAGCCAUCAGAGAAAAGACAUGUGGCUACGACAUCAUGACAAGAAUUGAAUGUCGCACAGCAGAUGGGCAUAUUCCAUCAGACAGGACAAAUGAAACUUUGUCUUGUGACAGGAUCCGCGGAUUGAGGUGUAAAAAUGCCCUUCAAGCUGACAAAAAGUGUAUGGAUUAUGAGGUACGUGCAUACUGUGAUUGUAGCAAUGUCACCACCGCACCACCAGGAGGUACCACCAGGCCUAUCAGUGGUAUUACCACCAAGACAGUGGACAUCUGUGGCUGGACCACCUGGAUGAAUGGCCACCAUCCAGAUAAGUACGGAGACGUAGAGUUGUUGUCUGAACUUGAGAACAAGUAUCGAUUCUGCCACACUGAUGAAAUCACUGCUAUUGAGUGCCGAGACAGCAUCACUGGCCUCUCCUCUAUGGAGGCCGGUCAGAGUGGUGUCAUCUGUGACAUCAAUGCCGGAGGCCUGAAAUGUGACGCCACCAAGCAGUUGGCUACCGGUGGUCAGUGCUAUGACUACGAGAUCCGUGUGCUGUGUGAACCAAAGGGUGUGCAAUGUGGUCCUUCCACGGAGCCAAAUGCUACACCACUGCUGGUACCGCUCACUGAUAUCUAUGGAAAACCAGUGACAGACAAAGAUGGGCACACCAUAGUGGUCCCUGUGACAUCCCAUCAAGGAACUCCCACCGCUGUCCCGGCCACCGACAAGUUUGGUAACCCAGUUCUUGUUCCCAAGACAGACAUCUACGGACAACCAGUCACUGACAGCAGUGGAAACACAGUGAUGGUGACAGUGCUGGAGCCCAUUCCUGGUGGACACAUUGUUCCAACUGCUGUGCCUAAAACUGACAAGUUUGGAAAUCCAAUCCUUGUGCCAAAGACAGACAUUUAUGGAAAACCUGUGACAGACCUAAAAGGAAAUACAGAAAUGGUAACCGUUUUGGUUCCAAAUCCAGAAGGCACAAACACACCAAUGUUGGUGCCUAAAACAGAUGCUCAAGGAAAUCCAAUCCUAGUGCCAAAGACAGACAUCUAUGGACAGCCAGUAACGGAUCUACAGGGACACACAGAGAUGGUGACAGUCUUGGUGCCAGGUCCAGGAGGUACAAAUACACCAAUGCUAGUACCAAAAACAGAUGCUCAAGGAAAUCCAAUCCUUGUGCCAAAGACAGACAUCUAUGGACAGCCAGUAACAGAUCUACAGGGACACACAGAGAUGGUGACAGUCUUGGUGCCAAGUCCAGGAGGUACAAAUACACCAAUGUUGGUGCCUAAAACAGAUGCUCAAGGAAAUCCAAUCCUUGUGCCAAAGACAGACAUCUAUGGACAGCCCGUAACAGAUCUACAGGGACACACAGAGAUGGUGACAGUCUUGGUGCCAGGUCCAGGAGGUACAAAUACACCAAUGCUAGUACCAAAAACAGAUGCUCAAGGAAAUCCAAUCCUUAUGCCAAAGACAGACAUAUAUGGACAGCCAGUAACAGAUCUACAGGGACACACAGAUAUGGUGACAGUCUUGGUGCCAGGUCCAGGAGGUACAAAUACACCAAUGCUAGUACCAAAAACAGAUGCUCAAGGAAAUCCAAUCCUUGUGCCAAAGACAGACAUCUAUGGACAGCCAGUAACGGAUCUACAGGGACACACAGAGAUGGUGACCGUUUUGGUGCCAAGUCCACAAGGAACAAAUACACCCAUGUUAGUUCCCAAAACAGAUAAAUAUGGAAACCCACUGUUGGUUCCCAAAACUGAUGUCUAUGGACAGCCAGUGACAGACAUAAAUGGGCACACUCAGAUGGUCACAGUCCUGGAACCCAAACCAGAAGGGACCGAUAAGCCCACAGCUGUUCCCAAGACAGACAAGUUUGGUAACCCAGAACUGGUGCCUAAGACCGAUGCCUUUGGUAAGCCAGUGACAGACAUCAAUGGAAACACAGUUAUGGUCACAGUGAUGGUACCAGUCACCGAAUCACAAGGUAUCCCCACUGCUCGUCCCAAAACUGACCAGUUUGGAAAUCCAUUGUUGGUACCAGAGACCGAUGCUUUUGGCAAGCCACUGACUGAUGCUAAUGGGCACACAAAGAUGGUCACAGUCUUGGAACCCAUUCCCCAAGGAACUAACACACCACAGUUGGUACCAAAGACCGAUGCACAAGGAAACCCAAUAUUGCAACCGGAGACCGAUGCUUUUGGUAAACCAGUGACUGACAGUAAUGGGCACACUAAAAUGGUGACUGUCCUUGUUCCCGAGCCUGGUACUCAGGUGAAGCCAACAGCUGUACCAAAGACUGACAAGUUUGGAAACCCAGUCCUUGUACCAAAGACUGAUGUUUAUGGCAAACCAGUGACAGACAUCAAUGGAAACACAGUAAUGGUGACAGUGUUGGAACCAGUUCCUGGCUCACAGGCUGUUCCUACAGCAGUUCCAAAAACCGACAAAUUUGGAAACCCAGUGCUGAUACCAAAGACAGAUGCCUUUGGUAAACCAGUCACAGAUGCAAAUGGCCACACCAUCAUGGUCACUGUAUUAGAGCCCGUGCCUCAUGGACAGAGUACACCUGUGCUAGUCCCUAAGACAGACAAGUAUGGCAAGCCUGUACUGGAGCCAAAGACUGAUAUAUAUGGACAACCAGUCACAGACCAGAACAAGAAUACAAUCAUGGUCACAGUCUUGGAGCCCCUCACUCAGCCCCAAGGAGUUCCCACUGCCAGACCCAAGACAGAUGCCUAUGGAAAUCCUCUACUGGUACCAAAGACAGAUGCCUUUGGCAUACCUGUAACUGAUGCCAAUGGGCACACACAGAUGGUCACCAUCUUGGAACCUGUGCCAAGUUCCCAGGGAGUACCUACCGCUGCGCCAAAAACAGACAAAUUUGGAAACCCACUUCUCUUCCCCGAAACUGACAGAUAUGGAAUACCUGUAACUGACCAACUUGGCCACACCAAGCUUGUGACAGAAUUGGAAACCCUGCCACCUACCACCACUCCUGGCGUGGUGGUCACCACAUGUGCCACAUUUUGGUCCAACUGGUCCAAUGUGAACCACCCAGGAGGGUCUUUCCCCGGGGACAAAGAGCUGACCCCUGCAGAGUACACAGCCCGGACUGGCUUCUGUCAGGGUGGGUCCAUCAGUAGGGUUGAGUGCUACAGUGUGACAAUGGACGCUCCAUCCUACUCCACUGGCGAGAUCAUUAAGUGUGACACCAAGGUUGGACUGGAGUGCACUGAUGCGGACAAUUUCCCGAUGCCAUGCACCGACUACAAGAUCCGCUACUUCUGUGACAUCUGCUCUGCUGUGACACCUGGCUCUAAUGUUACUCCUGUCCCGUCUACCUCAAUCAAUGUGGGAGCCAGCACACCCAAGCCAACCUCACUGGUGUGUGCUGAUGGUAACUCCGCCCAACUUCCAAUCCACAUGGACGACAGCCAAUUAUCUGCAUCCUCAAGUCUCCGCCCCGAAUCCGGUCCCCAGAGAUCUCACCUGGACACCACCGGCACCACCUCACUGUCAGGUGGGUGGGUCCCGGCCAGCAAUGACAAGAACCAGUGGCUCAUGAUCAGCUUUACUGAGCCUGAGAUUAUCUACGCCGUCUCAACUCGCGGCCUGAACGGUGGCCAGAGCUGGGUGACGGCUUAUUACCUAAUGUACUCUAUGGAUGGACUGAAUUUUACUUUCUACCAGGAGCUUGGCCAGAGAAAGGUGUUCUCUGGAAAUUUCGACUCUGACACUGUCAAUACGCACACCCUGAAUCCUUUCGCUGCAAAAUUCAUCCGCAUUGUUCCUGAGAGAUGGAAUGGAGGCAUCGGACUCCGCUGGCAACUGAUUGGUUGUAAAGCUGCACCAUUAACAGUGGUAACAGGUCAAGGUUCCACCGUGACCCCUGCUGUGACCUCCACCCCCACCCCUGGGCCCCAGUGUGUAGAGAAAUGGUCUGAUUGGCUGAACAAGAACAGCCCUACCACCCAGGGUGCCCUCGGAGACUACGAAAAAAUGACCGACGCUGAGAAGGCUCAGUUCUGCCCAGGCGGUAAUGUGACCAAAGUAGAAUGUCACGCUGUCGACGGGGAUAUCCCCAGCUACAGCUCCGGGGAGAUCCUGACUUGUUAUCCCGACCAAGGCCUGGCCUGUAACAAUGCCGACAAUUUCCCCAUGCCGUGCUCUGACUACAAGGCUCGAUUCUUCUGUAGCUGUCCAGCCACACCAGCACCAACCACAUCUGGAACGGAUGCCAAUGCCAAAUCAAGCAACCUGGUACCAACAAAACCGGGCGGUCAUGAUAUUGCCACCACCUCCCCCACACCCCCACCAAUACCCUGCAAGGAGGGCUGGACCGCCUGGAUCAACCACAACAACCCAAGCAGUGGCACCGGGGACAGAGAACAGCUGACCGCCGCAGAGAAACUCCAGCUUUGUUCCGGCGGUAACUUCACCCAGAUUGAGUGCCACGUGGUAGAUGGGGACAUCCCGAGCUACAGUUCUGGAGAAGUGGCCGAGUGCUCUGUAGAUCGCGGAUUUACUUGUAAUAAUGCGGAUAACUUCCCCAUCCCAUGCUCCGAUUACAAGGCUCGUUUCUACUGCAAAUGUCCAGUAACACCACCAGGACCCACUGGGACCCAGAACCAUCACGUCACCACCAAGCUAGCAGUGACCGACUCCAGUGGUCGACCAGUCUCAUCCACCACCUCAAACACACCACCACCAAUCCCUUGCAAAGCUGGAUGGACCCCAUGGAUCAACCACAACAACCCAAGCAGUGGCACCGGCGACAGAGAACAGUUGACCGCCGCAGAGAAACUCCAGCUUUGUUCCGGCGGUAACUUCACCCAGAUUGAGUGCCACGUGGUAGAUGGGGACAUCCCGAGCUACAGUUCUGGAGAAGUGGCCGAGUGCUCUGUAGAUCGUGGAUUCACUUGUAAUAACGCGGAUAACUUCCCCAUCCCAUGCUCCGAUUACAAGGCUCGCUUCUUCUGCCAAUGUCCAGCAACAACAGCACAACCCACAGGGACACAGGCUCUUCAUGGUGGCACCACCAAGCCAGUGACAGACAGUGGUCGACCAGUCUCAUCCACCACCUCAAACACACCACCACCAAUCCCUUGCAAAGCUGGAUGGACCCCAUGGAUCAACAACAACAACCCAAGCAGUGGCACCGGGGACAGAGAACAGCUGACCGCCGCAGAGAAACUCCAGCUUUGUUCCGGCGGUAACUUCACCCAGAUCGAGUGCCACGUGGUAGAUGGGGACAUCCCGAGCUACAGUUCUGGAGAAGUGGCCGAGUGCUCUCUAGAUCGCGGAUUUACUUGUAAUAACGCGGAUAACUUCCCUAUCCCAUGCUCCGAUUACAAGGCUCGCUUCUUCUGCCAGUGUCCAGUAACUACAGCAGGACCAACAGGGACACAAGCUCUUCACGGUGGCACCACCAAGCCAGUGGUGACAGACUCCAGUGGCCGACCCAUUUCCUCCACUACCCAAACACCCCCACCCCACAAAAUCUGCAAAUCUGGAUUCACUGACUGGAUCAACCGGGACCGUCCGGAAUCCGGAAAUGGUGACCAUGAGGCCUUGACUGAUGCGGAGAAGGCGGACCGGUGUCCAGGAGGAUCCAUGACACGGGUGGAGUGUUACGCUGAGGCGGGCGAUAUCCCGUCCUACAGCUCAGGAGAAGUGCUCACAUGUGAUGCAGCCACAGGUCUCACCUGUAACAACGCCGAUAAUUUCCCAGUUACCUGUACAGAUUACAAGAUCCGAUAUUACUGUCAGUGCCCAGACAAUGGAAGUGGUGCAACCACACAUGCUCCGACUGUCAAAACAACAUCGACCCCAACCACACAGGCGCCGCAAUGUCAGACUCAGUGGUCUAGCUGGAUAAACACGGAUAAUCCGACAUCAGAGGGCAUGGAAUAUGAACACUGGACUGCUGUUCAGAAACUCCAGUUCUGCCCAGGUGGUACUGUGGACAAGAUUGAGUGUGUGACCGUGGAUGGAGACAUUCCGUCGUACAGCUCUGGAGAAAUGCUGACCUGUUACCCCGACAGUGGACUCGUCUGUAGAAACGCCGAUAACUUCCCCGUGGACUGUCAGGAUUACAAGAUUCGCUACCACUGCCAGUGUGCGUCAGCUCCAGUGAAGCCUGGUGGUAACUCAAGAACCACCUUGAGUCCAAACCAAUCAGGAACCUCCACCGAACCGGCCACUCACAUCCCGACUGUGUGUAAGGCUCCGAUGGGAAUGCAGUCCAAUCAGAUCCGGGACGAGAUGAUCACUGCCUCCAGCUUCAGGGACGGAAACAGUAGUCCUGAAAAAGCGCGACUGAACACCAACGGAUUCUGGAUGCCGGCUACCGACUCCAAGACCGAGUAUUUACAGAUCGACUUCUUACAGCAGGCGUACUUGACCGGAAUCUCCACACAGGGCCGUGCCGACGCUCCUUCGUACGUCACUUCCUAUAAACUACAGUUCUCCAAUGACGGAAUCAACUGGAAUACUUAUCGGGAGAAUAAUGCAGAGAAGAUCUUCAGUGGCAACUUUGACUCCUCAACCCCAGUGACGUAUUACUUCACCAGUCCUCUUCACGCCCAGUACUUGCGUAUCCUUCCACAGACCUGGCAAGGAAAAAUAGCACUUAGAGUAGAAGUCAUCGGAUGUCCUGUAACAUAUCCAACAACAACACCUCCACCUACCCCUAAACCAACCACAGUGGCCGUGACCCCAGCCCUGAAACCUGGAGUCACCUCGACCAUCAGAGACUCUUGCAUUGAGUACGACACCUGGGUCAAUGUAGGUCACAACACACCUGGCUCCUCAGGUGACAUCGAGCCCAUCGCCAAGGUAAAGGAGCUUUCUCACACCUGUCAGAACCCCCUCAGGAUCCAGUGUCAGACCGUCGGGGGCGUGGACUACGACCAGACCGGUCAGAUCGUCACCUGUAACCUGUGGGAGGGACUUACCUGUAACAAUAUGGACCAGUUUGACCCCACGGGCUGUCUGGACUACAGGGUCCGCCUGGGCUGUCUGAAGAAGACCCCCGAGUGUGUACCACCCACCCCCAACACCAACCUUCACAAGACAGAUGCCCCCGCACUGAACCCCCGCGUCAUGCCUUGUUUUGAGGGACUGGACACCUCUCAGUGCCCCAACUGUACUGGUGGAUUAUACUGUGAUGGACUGCACUGUGUGAAGAAAGCAGACUGUACCUGUCAGUACAAGAACAAAAUCAUUAUGAAAACGGACAUUGUCACAACAGACACGUGCGAGACCUGCCAGUGUUACAGUGGAGAACUCCGAUGUGUUCCGAAGAGCUGCCCACCCUGUGCUAGUGGUGAGACAAAAGUUGUGAAUAUGACCACCUGUAGCUGUUCAUGCAAGUCUUGUGAUGCCAACCAGUUCCGAUGUGGAAACGGACAGUGUAUUUCAUCUUCAUCCAGAUGUGAUGGCGUCAUCGACUGUGAUAACGAUGAAGUUGGAUGCUUGGUCCAGCCUCACUUCACCCCUCCAAUGAUCCCCACCCUGUCCCCCCAGGCCGGAUCUCACGCCCCACCCAACCAUCAGACCACACCCUUCCAUGACGGACAUGUUGCCACCACCCACACAAAGCAUCCAGUAUGCCGACCCCGAUGGUCAGAUUGGAUGAACACUCAUCACCCUGGAGACCCAGGAAGCACCGGGGACCAUGAACCGAGCGCCGCCGAAUUCGCUGCCAACUACCACUUCUGUAACGGUGGCAACAUCACCAAAGUGGAGUGUUACUCUGUUUCCAUGGAGGCUCCGGCGGAAUCGUCCGGGGAAAUCCUGGUGUGUACUCCCAGUAAAGGACUUGUGUGCGAUGACUCCGAUAACUUCCCGAUUCCGUGCGGGGACUACAAGAUCCGGUAUUAUUGUGAUUGUGUUAUCAGCACUCCAGGGGUCUCCCCACUGACAACACCAGCCCCCAAACCAUCCUGUGAUUCCAUCCACUGUCAAAGUCUUGUAAAGCCUCCCCUAAUGCCGGGGGAGAUGGCCCACGUUGUUAAGACGACCGACGGCUGCUGUGACAAGUACGAAGUGGUGUGUAAACCAGAGACCUGUGCUGUUCAGCCUCCGACGUGUUCACCCCCCCAGGUCAUGAGGAAUUCUAACCCCGGGGCCUGCUGUCCCACAUUCAAGUGUGAGUGCCCCCUAGCAUGUCCAAUGUUAGUGAAGCCAUCAUGUCCAACAGGGAAGAUUCCUGUGGUAAUAGAUACCUCCUGUAAUUGUUCCACCUACAUGUGCCUCAUCCCAGUUCCUCUACAUCAAGGCCCACAACUCUGCUGGUACAAAUACUCAAAUGGGACUUCCCUUUCCUUCCAAGUCAAUCAGAGCUGGACGGAGGGAGCGUGUAGGUCGUGUCAAUGUCAUGGUCUGUCAGGAGGGGUGGAGACGGUGUGUCACACCGAGCGAUGCUCAGCCUGCCCCCUAGGUACGACUGUUGACCACAGUGAAUCCAGCAGCUGUUGUGGGACCUGUCGACAGACCGGGUGUGUGGUGGACGGUCAUACAUACCAAGAUGGUGAGGCUUUGCCAAACCCAAUGAAGUGUUACAACAAGAUUUGUUCCGCUAGCACGUCAGGGUUUAUAAUCCGAGAAACUCAAAUAACCUGUCCUAAGGACAAUCUCCCAGCAUGCACUGGGAAAUCUUUAGAAUACGACAGUUCCGGAUGCUGCCCUACGUGUGUCAUCACUCCCACAAGUUCCAGCUUGAUUAACACCUGUACCACCUGUCAGCCCGUCCCUCAGUUUGACAGCCCGUCGCUGACCAUCGGGUACUUCUCCGUGGUGGAGGGUAACAGCACCACCUGUCAGAACAAGGAACCGCUGCCCGACCUGAAGCAGUGCUCCGGUCACUGCGAAUCUAGAGCCACCUACACCGCUGUCAUGCAGGGCUUUGACAGUAACUGUCAGUGUUGUCAGCCAUCGCGGACUGUCACGCGAACGGCGGUGCUCACGUGUUCCGACGGAUCCACCAGAAGUAGGUCGUAUUCUGUGCCCGAGGCGUGCGGAUGUAGUGCGUGUUCUGGAACUACAUGACCUUGAACUUUUAUAAUGGCAUCUUUUUCAUAGACAUUUUACAUCACUGUUAAACAUUUAUAUUUUUUAACCAGUUAUACUUUGCUUUUUGAAUAUUUUCCUCUUUUAUGCAUUGUUGUUUUUAUGUAUAGUUGUGCGUUUAUCAAAUAAAUGCAAUCAUUUUA